CCCUUCCUGUAUUUACCUUUGACAGUCGCUCAGUGGCGCAAAUGUUUUGAUCGUGUAAUUACCGUCUUAUGAACGAUAAAUUCCGUUAUAAAUGUCGUAUUAUCAUCGCGACGUCCGCGUCGAGGACCGCCGACCUUCCUCCGUGAAGCGGACACGAUACGGAGCGUUUUAACAUAUAACGCGAUGUUAUUAAGAGUACAUAGCCGCUCUACUACAGGGAUUCCAGAGCCAUCACAACAAUCCAGGAUCCUCUGGUCCCCAAAUGCCCCACACAGACGAUAGCGAAGAUGACAUCUGGGAAUACAAACCCCUCAGGAAGAAAAAGAAGACUGCAUCUGCAAGCCAUUCCAAAAAAACCUCCAAGAAAAACAACUGUUCCUCAUCGAAGUCAGAUGGCAGUAUUAGCAAUGGACAUGUCUCUCACACAUCUAUAAACAUCACUGGGAGUAUUAACAAAGGACAUGUCCUUCACAAAUCUGUUAACCACACUGAUAGUAUUAGGAAUCGAAAUGUCCCUCACACAUCUGUAAACAAAUCUAGUAGUAUAAUGAAUGGAAAUGUCCCUCACACAUCUGUAAACAACACUGGUAGUAUUAGGAAUGGAAAUGUCCCUCACACAUCGUUAAACCACCCUGUUAGUAUUAGCCAUGGAGAUUUCUCUGUUAUUAAUCUUGGCCAAAGCGACCAAGAGGCUGCCACCGCGUCACAUACUCUCUGCCCACAUAGACCGGAGCCUACAGGUGAUGGAGCUUCAGAAAGUGAUUUCUGUCCCAUUUGUCAGAUGCCCUUCUCCAUCCUUGUGGGAAAGUCUGAAAUAGGGCAUGUGACAGAAUGCCUUGACAUCCCCAGGGACGAUACCCUAGAAUGCCCAGACGGUAUCCAGUGUUCCUCCAACGUCCUGAACCACUACAGGAGAUACAACCACACAUUACUGGCCCAAAGUCGAGCCGCCAACGCCUCCGUCUUGUUCUCCCUCACUCAGGCAGGCGAGACCCCCCGUGGCUCGGGGGUCCGCUCCCCGUCCCCCUUGGAGAGCUCACAGGACAUCUUUUCGUCCUCUCUGCCCAAUCCCCGCUGCCAUCUUGCCUCAACACCGACUCGGUUGGCUUGUUCUCAGUCCAAUACCACCGCUUCCCCGGUGGGUCGCCAUCUUGCUUCAACGCCCACUCGGAACAGCCUUCUGCUGCUACGCUCCCCCCGUCCGGAGGACUUCAAGAAGAAGAAAGGAUGGAUGACACCGAAGGGGCCUAAAACUAAAGUGGCUGUGGAAAAAACGAAAACAACAGUGUCGUCAAGGCCCUGUGAUGCGAACGGGCAGCCUGGAAGCCUGGAAGCUGAGAAACAGCCAGACAAACCGGAAGUUUGUCCUUUCGACGACGAGUCAAUCUCCUUCUCCCCUCUUUCAGAGCUGCCUGCUGAACUGGAGCUGGAGGACGAGGUGGAGGGAGUGGUUGAGGGGAGUGGGUUAAGAAAGGCUCUGUUUCCUCCGAGCCUCGCUGAGGAGAACGAGGACGAGAGCGAAGAGUCCCUGGAGCUGUUCAGCGACGACGACUUCCUCAACGACUUCCUCGAUCACCUGGAGACGGACAUGGCGCCCGAGCGCGGAGCAGAGCAAGCCAACUCCCCUGUCAACAGCACACAGGUGGAAGCAGUUUUCUCAUUAGCAGCACCUUCCAAUCAGCCAUCACACACAGCAGCUGUUGGCGUCACUCCCACCUCCACACACAGAGAAACCCAUGGAAAUCCUGCAGCCACCAACGUCCAAUCCCCUCAAAGCGUCGUUCUGGAACGUUUACGGCAAAGCCUCACCGGUUCUAACAGCUUGCUCUGCCAAAGCGUGAGCAACAUCAACAACAAUUACCCAACACUUGGCUCUUCUCAAACCGCCAGCUCAACGUCAACCCAAGCAAUGGCCCCUCGGAAGCCCGCCCUGAGCCAGAUGAAGGCCGGCCAGGGACCUGGCCUCAAGCAGACCGACAUCGGGGUGUUCUUUGGGCUCAAGCCCCUGAAGGAGAAGCAAGGAGAGCCUGGGAGUGCAUCGCAGGAUCUAGAAGCUGCCACCACCACCGCCCCAGACGCCCCCACGUUUAAUGGUGCUGGGAUCCAGCGUGGGAGUACGAGGGGGAGACGGGGGCGGGGCAAUAGGGGAGCCAGAAGUGGGGCAGCGGGUCCCACGGGUGCUCGGGCAGACGCAGGGACCGGCUCGGCCGAAGGUGGGGGUCCUGGUUCAGGUAGUGCCCAAGGGGAAGGUUCUAGAGGCGGGAGGGGGAGGGGCAGGGGCAGGGGAAGGUGGAACAGGUGGGGAGCUGACAGGGACGGACCUCGACACUGUCCAUUCUACAAGAAGAUCCCAGGGACCGGCUUUGCAAUCGACGCCUUCAAUUACGGACAGAUUGAGGGGAUCUUUUCUUAUUUCCUCACCCACUUCCACUCGGACCACUACGGAGGACUGACCAAGAAAUCCACCUUUCCAAUCUACUGCAACAAAAUCACAGGGAACCUGGUGCGGAGCAAGCUGAAGGUGGAGGAGAAGUACCUCCACAUACUGCCCAUGAACAGCAGGGUGACGGUGGACGGCGUGGGGGUCAUCCUGAUGGAGGCCAACCAUUGUCCCGGAGCGGCCAUGUUGCUGUUCUUCCUCCCGGACGGACAGAUCGUCCUCCACACGGGCGACUUCCGCGCUGACCCGACGAUGGAGACGCCUGAGCUGCGGAGCUAUGGGGUCCAAACCCUGUACCUGGACACCACGUACUGCAGUCCUGAGUACACCUUCCCCCGGCAGCAGGAGGCCAUUAGCUUCGCCGCCAACACCGCCUUCGAGCUGGUCGCCCUCCACCCCCGCACCCUGGUGGUCUGCGGCUCCUACUCCAUCGGCAAGGAGAAGGUCUUCUUAGCGCUGGCAGAUGCCCUUGGGUCCAAUGUCUGUCUCUCCAGGGACAAGUACAACACCAUGUGCUGCCUGGAGUCGGAGCCAAUCAGAAAGCUGCUCACCACGGACUGGAAGGCCGCCCAAGUCCAUGUAUUACCCAUGAUGCAACUCAAUGUCAAGAAGCUGCAGGACCACCUGAGCAGGUUCUCUGCUCAGUACGAUCGGCUGGUGGCCUUCAAACCCACUGGCUGGACCUUCAGUAAGCAGAUGGAUUCAGUGGACGACAUUCGGCCCCAGAUCUAUGGAAACAUAACACUAUACGGAGUGCCCUACAGCGAGCACAGCAGCUUCCUGGAGAUGAAGCGCUUCGUGCAGUGGCUGCGCCCUCUGAAGAUCAUCCCCACGGUGAACGCAGGCAGCUGGGCCAGCCGCAAGGCCAUGGAGGGCUGCUUCAGGGACUGGCUCGCCGGGGAUAAGGCCAGCCACUAAACAUGAGACGGUCCCCCAUUUUAACAUCACUUGAUACAACGUCGCUUCCAAGCCAUUACAUGCAGACGGACCAGUACCUACCCACUAGUCGGUGGCCAGUAGGACAUGAUCGUCAUACAACUGGGGGGUGGAUCCUCCCACUGGGAGUCAAUUUUAAAUGGCACCUUAUGGCUAAUCUACAUCACAUUUUCUGGUAAAACAGCGGCCCUUAACCGACCUGCAUUACUUUGAGACGGAUCACCUUGAAGAAAUACUCGCUUACUGACUUUAAUGGUUUGCAACAACAUUGGUAACGAAUUCAAAACACGCCGCAUCACAUCCGUUAUACGACUGAAAGGUACUAUGAAUGUUGGAUAAUUGGCUGUCUGUAAUAUAAUCCACAAUCUAGUUUGAACAAUCAUGUGGAAUCCCCUUAACUUGGCAUUCCUUUUUUAGUAUACAGUUUUUUAAUCAAGUUGCAUUUCUAUUUUCAUAUAAAAGCAGUAUCUUACAGACGUUCUAGAGAUGUACUCGCCGAUGCAUAUGUACCCGGUUCAGAAUAUAUUCAUAUGUUGUUGUACUUCCUACAGUUACCAUUUAUACCACUAAAUGAUAUUGCACAACCCCCCCCCCCC